GGGCAAUUGCGAAAGUGUGUCUAUAAAUGUCCAAUGAACUUAAGUGAACUAUUAGUUGGAAGAGAUUUUAGGCCCAAUGAGAACUCUCCUGUACCUCUUGGUGGCCAUUUUGGCCAUCAAUGCCGAAGAAGUGGACAACAAACACACCAAAAGGGACUUAUGGCACAAGUUCCACAAAUGGCAAGAGAAAUUCGACUGGAAACACAAAAAACCCCCAAAAAUCGUCACGGUUGAGAAAAAAGUACCAGUACCAUACCCCGUUGAGAAGAAGGUUUUUGUUCCCGUGGAGAAGAAAGUACCAGUCCCGGUCGAAGUAUACGUACCCCAGCCUUACCCCGUUUACAAAAAAGUCUUCUACGAGGUGAAAGAAUCGGUCAAGGUUCCGGUACCCGUUCACAAACCAGUACCCGUGGAGAAAAUCGUUAAGGUACCAGUAAAGGUACCAGUGGAGCAACCAUACCCCGUCAAGGUUUACGUCCCGCAACCAUAUCCUGUUUACAAGGAGGUUCACGUUCCGUUUGAGGUCAAAGUACCACAACCGUACCCCGUCGAGAAAGAGGUUCAUUACCCCGUUAAAGUACCAGUGCAUGUUCCUCAACCAUACCCCGUGGAAAAAAUCGUAAAAGUACCAGUUAAGGUUCCCGUGGAACGACCAGUACCUUAUGAGGUUAUUAAACCUUACCCCGUUGAAGUCGAAAAGAAGGUUCAUGUACCAUACCCUGUCGAGAAACCAUACCCGGUCAAGGUUUACGUGGAAAGGCCAGUACCCUACCAUGUUGAGAAAAAGGUACCAUACCCGGUCAAAAUCGAAGUACCACAACCAUACCCCGUUGAGAAAAUUGUUAAAGUACCAGUGGUCAAAGAAGUACCGUACCCGGUGGAGGUCAAGGUCGACCGACCAGUACCAUUUGAAGUCAUCAAACAUGUACCCUACUAUGUCGAGAAGAAAGUACCAGUGAAAGAAGAACACAAAGAAGAAAGAAAAUGGGACGAAGGUGAAGAAGAAAAAAAAUGGGAUGAAGGUGAACACGAAAAAAAAUGGGAUGAAGGAGAAGAGAGAAGAGAAGAGAAGAAAGAAGAACGCGGUGAGGAAAAAAUCGACUUUCCCAACUGGAAAGAAGAAGAAGAAAUCAUAGGAAAAGGGAAGUGGUGAUGUAAUUUAUUGUUUACAAUUGUUAGAAUGUUGUAACUAACUGUUUCGUCAAUGUUGGUAAUACUGUAAAUAAUUUUAUUGUUAUUUUUUGAAUAAUAAAGGAUUUUGACAUAA